AUGGAGGCCCCAGCACAAACCCUCCUUCGACCAGCGACACGAAGCUGUGUCUCCAGCACAAGACACGCCCUCAGACAGCAAAUACGCUCGAAAGCCACCGCGUCACGGACGAGGCGCUCUCUUAACAUCGCUCCACACCCCUCCUUCCUCGCCUCCGACUCGCGCCAGCAACAAGACCACAUCAUCUUCAACCCGCCCGCGAGCGCCCCGUCCGUAUACCACACACCCUUCAAGUUCCUGCCCAAGACCGACCCCCGGCGGCGCGCGAACCUGGCCAAGAUCUUCGAGUCACACUUCGCGCCGCCCACCACCACGGGAGGCGCAGAGACCACCACCACCACCGCAGACCUCCCAUCGGUGCGGGGGCUGCACAAGCCCAACCCGGCCUUCGACGCCCGGGGCCCCAUCACCAAGUCCGAGGUGGAGGAGAUGCGGCGGCUGCGGGAGGAAGACCCGCACAAGUGGGACGUGAGGGCGCUGUCGGACAAGUACGCGAUCCCGCACAUCUUCGUCAUGAUGUGCUGCCAGGCGCCCAAGGAGAAGCUCGAGUUCGAGAGGCAGAAGAUGGAGCUCAUCCGCCAGCGGUGGGGGCCCAUACGCGCCAAGGCGAAGGAGGACCGCCACCGGAGGACGCAGAUGCUUUACCGGGGAGAGAUAUAG